AGGCAGGCUGUUACCUCUCUGUGGUUAUGUCCACUCUCAUAAGAGUAUAAAUUCUUCCUGAAGAAGAAUGAGAAGAUGGAAUUCCCCUUUGGGAUCCUGGAAACUACCAACUUUCGUCGAUUCACUCCGGAGUCCCUGGUGGAGAUUGAAAAGCGAAUUGCUGCCAAGCAAGCAGUAAAGAAAACCAAAGAGAAGCCCAGGGUGCAGAAGGGCCAGAAAGAGAAGGCUCGGCCCCAGCUAGACUUGAAAGCCUGCAACCAGCUGCCCAAGUUCUAUGGUGAGCUCCCAGCAGAGCUGGUUGGGGAGCCGCUGGAGGAUCUGGACCCCUUCUACAGCACACAUCGGACAUUUAUGGUGCUGAACAAAGGGAGGACCAUUUCCAGAUUUAGUGCCACUCGGGCCCUGUGGUUAUUCAGUCCUUUCAACCUGAUCAGAAGAACAGCCAUCAAAGUGUCUGUCCACUCAUAUCCUUUGUGGUUCAGUUUAUUUAUAACCAUCACUAUUUUGGUCAACUGUGUUGGCAUGACCCAAUCGGAACUGCCAGAGAGAAUCGAGUAUGUCUUCACUGUCAUUUAUACCUUUGAAGCCUUGAUAAAGAUACUGGCAAGAGGAUUUUGUCUAAAUGAGUUCACUUACCUGCGAGAUCCUUGGAACUGGCUGGAUUUUAGUGUCAUCACCCUGGCAUAUGUUGGUGAAGCGAUAGAUCUCCGAGGGAUCUCAGGUCUGCGGACGUUCAGAGUUCUCAGAGCUCUAAAAACAGUGUCUGUGAUCCCAGGGCUGAAGGUCAUCGUGGGGGCCCUGAUCCACUCAGUGAGGAAGCUGGCUGAUGUGACCAUCCUCACCAUCUUCUGCCUGAGUGUCUUUGCCCUGGUGGGCCUGCAGCUCUUCAAGGGCAAUCUCAAGAACAAAUGUGUCAAGAAUUGCACACUUGUCAACGAGACAGCCAAUUAUUCUUCUCAUGAAAAACCAGAUUACUACACCAACAAACCAGGCACUUCUGAUCGUUUACUGUGUGGCAAUGGAUCUGAUUCAGGCCACUGCCCUGAAGGUUAUUUCUGCCUUAAAACAUCUGACAACCCAGAUUUUAACUACACCAGCUUUGAUUCCUUUGCUUGGGCCUUCCUCUCACUGUUCCGCCUCAUGACACAGGAUUCCUGGGAACGCCUCUACCAGCAGACCCUGAGGGCUUCUGGGAAAUUCUAUAUGGUUUUUUUCGUGCUUGUUAUCUUCCUGGGGUCCUUCUACCUGGUGAACUUGAUCUUGGCUGUGGUCACCAUGGCAUAUGAGGAGCAGAACAAGGCCACCAUUGCUGAAAUUGAAGCCAAGGAGAAAAUGUACCAGGAGACAUUUGAGAUGUGCCAGAAGGAGCAGAAGGUCCUAGAAGCACUGGGGGUUGACACAGCUUCUCUCUGCUCCCACAAUGGAUCAUCUUUGGCCUCCAAAACUGCCAGUGAGAGAAGGUACAGAAUGAAGCCAAGGGUGUCAGAGGGCUCCACAGAUGACAAGUCACCCCAAUCUGAGCCUUAUAACCAGCACAGAAUGUCUUUCCUAGGCCUCACCUCUGGGAGACGCCGGGCUAGCCAUGGCAGCGUGUUCCAUUUCCAGGCCCCUGGCCGAGACAUCUCAUUCCCUGAUGGUGUCACAGAUGAUGGAAUCUUUCCUGGAGACCAUGAAAGCCGUCGGGGCUCUCUGCUUCUGGGUAGGGGUGCAGGCCAGCAAAGCCCCCUUGCUAGGAGUCCACUGCCUCAAACCCUCAACCCUGGCUCAGGGCGUGGAGAAGAUGGACACCCUACGUUACCCACUGGCGAGCUUGCCCCUGGAGCCAACGAGGUCUCGGCACUUGAUGCAGGACAGAAGACUUUCUUAACAGCAGAAUACUUGAAUGAAACUUUCCGGGUCCAAAGGGCAAUGAGCGUUGUCAGUAUCAUGACCUCUGUCCUUGAGGAGCUCGAGGAGUCUAAGCCGAGAUGCCCACGCUGCUUGACCAACUGGGCUCAGAAGUAUCUGAUCUGGAAGUGCUGCCCCACAUGGGUGAAGCUCAAGAAGCUCCUCUGGAGUAUUGUGACGGACCCCUUUGCCGAGCUCACCAUCACUCUGUGUAUCGUGGUAAACACCAUCUUCAUGGCCAUGGAGCACCACGGCAUGAGCCCCACUUUUGAAGCCAUGCUCCAGAUCGGCAACAUUGUCUUUACUGUGUUUUUCACUGCUGAGAUGGUCUUCAAGAUCAUAGCCUUCGACCCCUACUAUUACUUUCAGAACAGGUGGAACAUCUUUGACUGCAUCAUUGUCACCGUGAGCCUGAUAGAGCUGGGCAUGGCCAGGAAGGGCAGCCUGACGGUACUGCGGACCUUCCGCCUGCUGCGGGUCUUCAAGCUGGCCAAGUCCUGGCCGACCUUAAACAUGCUCAUCAAGAUCAUUGGCAACUCAGUGGGGGCUCUGGGGAACCUCACCAUCAUUCUGGCUAUCAUUGUCUUUGUCUUCGCUCUGGUUGGCAAGCAGCUCCUGGGGGAAAGCUAUAAUACCAACCGUCACAAAAUCUCAGCACCCAAAGAGGACUGGCCGCGCUGGCACAUGCAUGACUUCUUCCACUCCUUCCUCAUCGUCUUCCGGAUUCUCUGCGGAGAGUGGAUUGAGAACAUGUGGGCCUGCAUGGAAGUUGGCCAGAAGUCCAUAUGCCUCAUCCUUUUCUUGACAGUGAUGGUGCUGGGAAACCUGGUGGUGCUUAACCUAUUCAUCGCCCUGCUGCUGAAUUCCUUCAGUGCUGACAACCUCACAACCCAGGAGGAUGAUGGGGAGGUGAACAACUUGCAGCUGGCCCUAGCACGGAUUCAGUUGUUUGGCCAGCGCACCAAGGAGGCCCUUUGCAGCUUCCUCAACCAGCCCUGCUUGCUCCCCCAGCCCAAGGCAGAGCCUCAGCUAGUAGUGAAACUCCCACUCUCCACCCCCAAAGCCAAGAACCACAUUGCUGCUGACACAGCUGUGGUGAAGCCUGGAGGGCUCCCGGCUCCCAGAGGCCCCAGGGAUGAUCACAGUGACUUCAUCACCAAUCCUAACAUAUGGGUCUCUGUCCCCAUUGCCGAGGGCGAAUCUGACCUCGAUGACUUGGAGGAUGACGCCGAGGAGGAUGCUCGGAGCACGCAGCAAGAAGUGAUCCCCCAAGGGCAGGAGCAGCUGCAGCAAGUUGGGAGGUCUGAGGACUCCUCAUCCAGGAGCCCAGGUCCUGGAACAUCCUCUGAGGACCUGGCUCCAUACCUAGGUGAGAAGUGGAAAGCCAAGGCUGCUGCUCAGGGCCCUGCAGAGGGCAUGGAUGACACAAGCUCCUCGGAAGGCAGCACUGUGGACUGCCUGGAUCCUGAGGAGAUCCUGAGGAAGAUCCCCGAGCUGGCAGAUGACCUCGACGAACCAGAUGACUGCUUCACAGAAGGCUGCAUUCGCCACUGUCCCUGCUGCAGAGUGAACAGCUCCAAGUUGCCAUGGGCCGUGAGCUGGCAAGUGCGCAAGACCUGCCACCGCAUCGUGGAGCACAGCUGGUUUGAGAGCUUCAUCAUCUUCAUGAUCCUGCUCAGCAGCGGAGCACUGGCCUUUGAAGAUUUUUACCUUGACCAGAAGCCCACAGUGAAGGCCUUGCUGGAGUACACUGACAGGGUGUUCACGUUUAUCUUUGUGUUUGAGAUGCUGCUCAAGUGGGUGGCCUAUGGCUUAAACAGUUAUUUCACCAAUGCCUGGUGCUGGCUGGACUUCCUCAUCGUGAACAUCUCACUGACAAGCCUUAUAGCAAAGUUGCUACAGUAUUCUGAUAUGGCAUCCAUCAAAGCCCUUCGAACCCUCCGUGCCCUGAGGCCACUGCGGGCUCUGUCUCGAUUUGAAGGCAUGCGGGUGGUGGUGGAUGCCCUGGUGGGCGCCAUCCCGUCCAUCAUGAACGUCCUCCUUGUCUGCCUCAUCUUCUGGCUCAUCUUCAGCAUCAUGGGCGUGAACUUCUUUGCAGGAAAAUUUCAGAAAUGCAUCAACAACACAACUGAAGGCUUUCUUCUUGUGCCUUGGACUACCGUGAAUAACAUAUCUGACUGUGAACGUCAAAACUACACUGGAAGCUUAUUUUGGGUCAAUGUGAAGGUCAACUUUGAUAAUGUUGCAAUGGGUUACCUUGCACUUCUGCAGGUGGCAACCUUUAAAGGCUGGAUGGACAUCAUGUAUGCAGCUGUCGAUUCCCGGGAGGUGAACAUGCAGCCCAAGUGGGAGGACAAUGUGUACAUGUACAUGUACUUCGUCAUCUUCAUCAUUUUCGGUGGCUUCUUCACACUCAAUCUCUUCGUUGGAGUCAUAAUUGACAACUUCAACCAGCAGAAAAAAAAGUUAGGGGGCCAGGACAUCUUCAUGACAGAGGAGCAGAAGAAGUACUACAAUGCCAUGAAGAAGCUGGGCUCCAAGAAACCCCAGAAGCCUAUCCCACGGCCUCUGAACAAGUACCAGGGCUUUGUCUUUGAUAUCGUGACCAAGAAAACUUUCGACAUUAUCAUCAUGGUCCUCAUCUGCCUCAACAUGAUCACCAUGAUGGUGGAGACUGAUGAGCAGAGCGAAGAAAAGACAAAAAUCCUGAACAAAAUCAACCAGUUCUUUGUGGCUGUCUUCACGGGCGAGUGUGUCACAAAGAUGUUUGCUUUGAGGCAUUACUACUUCAUCAAUGGCUGGAAUGUGUUUGACUUCAUUGUCGUCGUCCUCUCUGUUUUGAGCCUGGUGUUUGCUGAAAUUCUUACAUCACUUGGAGUUUUCUUCUCCCCAACACUCCUCCGAGUCAUCCGCCUGGCCCGAAUCGGCCGCAUCCUCAGGCUGAUCCGCGGGGCCAAGGGCAUCCGCACACUGCUCUUUGCCCUCAUGAUGUCCCUGCCCGCCCUCUUCAACAUCGGGCUGCUGCUCUUCCUCGUCAUGUUCAUCUACUCCAUCUUCGGCAUGGCCAACUUCGCCUACGUCAAGUGGGAGGCUGGCAUCGACGACAUGUUCAACUUCCAGACCUUCGCCAACAGCAUGCUGUGCCUCUUCCAGAUCACCACGUCGGCGGGCUGGGACGGCCUCCUGAGCCCCAUCCUCAACACGGGGCCGCCCUACUGCGACCCUCACCUGCCCAACAGCAGCAGUACCAGAGGGGACUGUGGAAACCCACUGGUGGGCAUCCUCUUCUUCACCACCUACAUCAUCAUCUCCUUCCUCAUCGUGGUCAACAUGUACAUCGCAGUGAUUCUGGAAAACUUCAAUGUGGCCACAGAGGAGAGCACGGAGCCCCUGAGUGAGGACGACUUUGACAUGUUCUAUGAGACUUGGGAGAAGUUUGACCCCGAGGCCACCCAGUUCAUUACCUUCUCUGCCCUCUCAGACUUUGCAGACACCCUCACUGGCCCCCUGAGAAUCCCCAAACCGAAUCGGAAUAUAUUAAUCCAGAUGGACCUGCCCUUGGUCCCUGGAGAUAAGAUCCACUGUUUGGACAUCCUGUUUGCCUUCACCAAGAAUGUUUUGGGAGAAUCUGGGGAGUUGGAUUCUCUGAAGGCAAAUAUGGAGGAGAAAUUCAUGGCAACUAAUCUUUCAAAAGCGUCUUAUGAACCAAUAGCAACUACCCUCCGGUGGAAGCAAGAAGACAUUUCAGCCACUGUCAUCCAAAAGGCCUAUCGGAGCUAUGUGCUCCAACGCUCCAUGACAAUCUCCAGUCCCUCAGGUGUGCCCAGGGCUGAGGAAGAGGCCGUACCAGUGCCAGAUGAGGGCUUUGUUACAUUCAUGGCAAAUGAAAACCACAUGCUCCCAGACAAAUCUGAAACGGCCUCUGCCACAUCUUUCCCACCAUCCUACGACAGCGUCACUAGAGGCCUCAGUGAUCAAGUCAACUUAAGCACAUCAAGUUCAAUGCAACAUGAAAAUGAGGCUGCCAAUAAGGAAGCCCCUGGACCCUAAUGAGGACACUCCAGCAUGGGCAUGUCCAGUUCUGAUAUGUCCUCCUGCUCCGUGACGACUUACCACCACCACCUCACCAAUGCAUGCCACUGGUCACACUGUCAGGACUAGGCAAGGAAUGCAGUUGGUGUGCACCUUUGGAGAAGCCAAAGAGGCCAAGGGCAUCUCCACUGUGACUUCCCUUUUAAAUUUCAAUAUCAGAUGAUGGGUUCCCUUACUUUCCAGGAAAUAUCCCUAGUCCUUUUAUUUUGAUGGUGACCAGAGCUUGUAUUUACCAACACAAACAUCUCAGGACCAGAACUUCCAAAGAUACAUGGUAUGAAUGUUGCUGAAGAUCCAAGGUUGUCCUUCAUGAAACAGCACAUAGAGAUUGGAAGUGUUAUUUAGGAUUUUGCAUGGCUGCAUGUUGAGAGAUGACAAUUGCUCUGGCCCAGGGUAGCACCUGUGGUAUAUGUCAUGAAA